AUGAUAGUAGAUACAGAGAGAGAGAAGCCAGAGAAGCAGAUGGCGUAUACUCAGCUUCUUCAAAAACGCGACCUCCGCGCGUCUCUCGUUCCUCGCGCCACUCUCUCUCUCGUCUCCCUCUCGCUAUUCCCUCGACUCUCUCUCCUCCUAUACCUAAUCCGCUCGAUCUCCCUACCAUGCUCUCUCUAAGGAGAAAGACGAGACCGCAAAUCCUCUCUCUCUCUUCCCUCUCUCUCUUUCAGCGGCUGGCCCCCCAGCAGCAGAAGUCGUCCUCCAUUGAUAUAGACUGUAAGAGACUCCACCACCCCAACCUGUCCAGCAGGGGGGGGGUCAGCAUCACCCCUCUGGACCCCUCCUCCUCCUCCCCCCCACCCCCAGACCCCCCUAGUUCAGUCUAAACCACCCCAGCAGCAGCAGCAGCAUCAACACCCCUUCGCCCCCCCUCCUCCUCCCUCCAUCCCCCCUGUCCCCGUGACCUCUCUUGACUCCUCUUUGACCUUUGACCCCCUAGCUCACUUCCUGGCCCCCCAUCUGACCCAGCAGGGGGGGGAGCCCCCCCAUAAUGCACUGGGGCCCACCGCCGCCGGACCCCCCCACCUCAACGCUACCAACACACACACACCCCCGGCCACACACACCUCGGAGAGCACACACCCCUUCCUCAACCAGCAGGCUGUCAUACCCUCCCCAGGUAUGUGGAUGGACGGACACACCACACAUGUAUAUCCUUCAUUGUGUCGAGGGGUUUUGAUGAAACAUUUAGAUUUUUGAAAUGUCAUUUAUUUCUGUACUUACUCUUUUUGUCCCUCCCCCCAUCUCUUACUCUCUUUCUCUCUACUCUGUGACGCCAUGUCACAUCUCAAGAGUCGCGCGCGCAGAUCGAGCUAUCCUAGACCGUCUCUAUCUAUUCCCUCUCUAUCGUAGCCUCUCCUUUCUGCUCUCUCAUACCUCUAUAGCUCUACUCUCCUUCUCUCUCUCCUCCCUCUCUCUCUCUCCUCUCCUUCUCUCUCUCUGUAGCACUCCACAACGAUCUCCCCCAGCAGCCGUCCCGCUCCAGCAACCGAGUGGCCCCCAAACCCCCCCAGCCUCCCCCCUCCUCCCUUCCCCCUCCGCUCCUCCUCCUCCUCCUUCCCAGCCCUCCCUACCCCUCUCCCUUCCCCAACCCUCCCUCCCUCGCCCUCGUGUCCCUUCUCCCCCCACCCCCCACGGAAUCCUAGGGGUCUCGGCCCAACCCCCUCAAGCCCUAUUUGAGGACGACGAGGAGGCCACGCCCACUAACUCUGAAACCCUGCCCCCUCCCCUCCCGCUCAGCCAGGGGCACGUGUACCUGCAGUCGCUGCAGCGGUCCCGGCCCCCGGCACACACACACUCUCCUGGACAGGUGCCGUCUCAGCUCAUGCAGGCCAUGCAGACUCAGUCACAGGCGGCGGCCGCUCCAACCCAGCAACAGCAGAGACUCGCGGCACACCCUCACACACACCCUCACACACACCCUCACACACAUCCUCACACACACCCUCACACACACAUGCAGCAGGCGGGGCAGGGGAUGUCGUUCCCCCAGCAACAGAGCACCAUGCACUCGGCACAGAAGGGGCUCAAGCAGAAACUACAACAACAACAACAACAACAACAACAACAACCACCACCACGGAUCAAAACUGAGCCUUUUAAUACAGGUAGGAGAGAUAUUACAGACACGGACGGACACACAGACGGACACACACACAGACGGACACACAGACAGACGGACACACAGACGGACACACAGACGGACACACAGACGGACACACACACGGACGGACGGACGGACGGACACACAGACACACAGAGCAAACCUUUUGAGAACCCCCCCACUAGAGGUAUUCUCGGAUCCUGAAAUUGAGAUCUGAACCGAAUUGGAUCCGUGAAACUCCCAUCCAACAAAGACAGGACCCUGUCAUUUUUUUGCAAAAUCAAUAUCAAAUCCGAUUCGGAUCCGACGAGGUGGACCAGAUCCGACCCAAAAUAUGUCCCAGAUGAGGGAGAAUCGGAUCCAAACUGGGUCGGGUCUGUAUCGGACCCAGAUGGGUCUUUAUGCGGCUUUAUUGCUGCGCAAGCUAGCAGAACUGUUCUGUCUUGUCUUGUCUGGCAGUGAAUGUUAACAUUUCACAUGUGUUUUCUGUUGUAGGCCUCUAAAAUAAUAGAGUUGUGGUCCAAACUACAGCUUUUAGUACUUUCAUAAAUGACAUCCCUGAUUUUAAAAUGUGGGCAGUAGACGGGAAGGGGCGUGUGGAGAAGACGUACUAUAGUCUCUCCAGAAUGCUCUCUGUCUCCCGCUAAUUUGUGAUCAUUCAUUGUUUCAUGGUGUGAAUUGUAUCCCCUUUGUUAAUUUAAACGAGUUAUGUAUUUUGUUUUGAGCACGCAUCGAAGUACCUGGCCUGUGCGCAAAUAUAGGUCUGAUAGUAUUUCUGAUUGGCUUAACUCACCACCACUAAUGAGCUGUGGAGCUUCUCAAAGUCAUUGUUCUUCACCUCACACAUUCAACAGAGCGUUCUACAUCCAUUGUGAAUGACAAUAGAUCCUCACUGUAUUUGAAACAUCUUUCCAACUACUCGAUAGGCCUAAGUAACCACCGCGCCUCAGUGUGAAAUAGCAACAUAUUGCUGAUCCCAUAUCCCCAGUGGAAACAUCAUAAAAUAGGCUAUCUGAACUCUUCUCCCUGUGUGAAUACCGCUGUCUGUUCAGUGAGGGCCCAGUUGGAACACUGUUGCUAUAGCGAGAGAUCAAGCCAGAGAGAGGCAAACAGGCGUUGGAGAUAGAUUAAUGCUAUUGACUAAACCAACUGCCAAGCGUACCAAAUGUGAUUUAUAGAGGAUAUUUAUUUUCAUCAGGAUAUUUUCAUCAAAUAUAUUUUUGGAUCUGGUCGGUUUUCCACAUAUUUUCAGACUGUUAGGAUCUCAGGUAAUCAAGUUAGGGUAUAGCCGUGAAGACCUCUACCCCCACCCCCCUAAUUUGCAUACGGGUGUUUCUCCCGUUGUGAUAGGUCCUCUGAGGGAGAGCCCCUCCCCUCUGAUGAUACAUUCUCCCCAGAUGCCUCAGUUCCCACCAAUGAGACAGUCCCCUUCCCAGCCCAAGAAACCUGUGAGUACACAAAGAGAGCGAGUGUGUGUGUGUGUGUGUGUGUGUGUGUUAACCUUGUGUGUUCUCUCUAGAACCAGAGGGGGUUAAAUAGGAUGUGUGUGUACAGUGUGUGUGUGUUAACCCGGUGUGUUCUCUAGAACCAGAGGGGUUUUUUAGGGGUUAAAGAGGAUGUGUGUGUGUGUGUGUUAACCCAGUGUGUUCUCUCCAGAACCAGAGGGUUAAAGAGGAGAAGCCGCUCCCCUCCCCGGUGCUGCCCCCCCCCUCCCCCUUCAACCCCGCCCUGCGACACCACACAGACAACAAGCACACGCACAGUGAGUACACACCUGGCUCUGUAGAGAGAGAGAGCGACACGUCUCUGCCUCUUCUGUCUGUAGAGUGUUUCUAUUUUAGAAUUUCAGAGCAACAAAUGUUAAAGUAAUUCAAAGUGAAUAGGUCACCUGUAUCAACCAAUCGUAUGACACCUGCAGGAUCAGAUGUGAAGCUAUUGGACGGUUCUCGUCCUGGGCUCCGCCUCCCGGACUCACCGGCCCCUCCCCAUCAGAACAGCAAACUGAAGCAGGAGGCCAAGACGCCCAUCGCCCCCAAGAAGACACAGGUGUGUGUGUGUGUGUGUGUGUGUGUGUAAGUCAGAAGCAUGUAGAUUCAGAACUUAAUUUAAAGGACAAGUUUCCUUUUUUACAACCAAAUCUCUAUUUUUUUUAUGUAAAUAUCAUGUUAUAGAAGGGUCCAGACACUUUUUUUGUGAUUUCACAUGUUUUUGAGAAACCUACCCCAACCUUACCCCAAUGGAGGGAGGGAGGGAGGGAGGGAGGGAGGUAGGGAGGUGGAGCAGUCAGGUGUUCAACCAGCAGCUGAGGCCCGACAUCUGGGGACUGGUGGUGCGAUGGUAAACGAUGCCCACUGAAGACGAGUGUCUUUGCUGCGCGGAGUGGGACCUGCUUGUGCCAGCCUUGUCAAAUGUAAAUGUAUCUGGCGACGAGACAACGUUGUCCCGCGAGUGCACCCCACUCUGCAACAAGUGACAAUGACUUUUCAGCCCUCAUCAACUCCUGCAGUUCUAGAAAUGUUUUUUAAAUUUCAAAUUGAGUAAUGGAAGAACACGUGUAAAACUUUUAUUUCACCGUUGAAGAACACAUAAUAACAUAUUGACAGUAUCAGUACAGUAGCAUGAGCUACAUGGUGGAUGAGAGGAUACAGUGCCUUGCAAAAGUAUUCACCCCCUUUGCUAUGAAGCCCCUAAAUAAGAUCUGGUGCAAUCUAAGUGUCACAUGAUCUGUCACAUGAUCUCAGUAUAUAUACACCUGUUCUGAAAGGCCCCAGAGUCUGCAACACCACUAAGCAAGGAGCACCAUGAAGACCAAGGAGCUCUCCAAACAGGUCAGGGACAAAGUUGUGGAGAAGUACAGAUCAGUGUUGGGUUAUAAAAAAAUAUCCCAAACUUUGAACAUUUACAUUUACAUCAUUUAGCAGACAUCCCACGGAGCACCAUUAAAUCCAUUAUUAAAAAAUUGAAAGAAUAUGGCACCAUAACAAACUUGCCAAGAGAGGGCUGCCCACCAAAACUCACAGACCAGGCAAGGAGGGCAUUAAUCAGAGAGGCAACAAAGAGACCAAAGAUAACCCUGAAGGAGCUGCAAAGCUCCACGGCGGAGAUUGGAGUAUCUGUCCAUAGGACCACUUUAAGCCAUACACUCCACAGAGCUGAGCUUUACGGAAGAGUGGCCAGAAAAAAGCCAUUGACUAAAGAAAACAAUAAGCAAACACAUUUGGUGUUCGCCAAAAGGCAUGUGGGAGACUCCCCAAACAUAUGGAAGAAGGUACUCUGGUCAGAUGAGACUAAAAUGGGGGUGAAUAGUUAUGCACACUCAGGUUUUCUGUGUUUUUUUUGUCUUAUUUCUUGUUUGUUUCACAAAAAAAAAUAUUUUGCAUCUUCAAAGUGGUAGGCAUGUUGUGUAAAUCAAAUGAUACAAACCCCAAAAAAUCCAUGGAGUUGGAAAAACACUUGUGUAAGGAAACAGACGCCGCUUCAAUCUUGACAAUAGGCAAUCUUUUUCUCCCAAUUAAAAAAAAACGGAAGUAUCGCAGGACAAGACCAAUACACAACCAACUGUCUGGAUCAGCCCAGUCCUUCUGAAAUGGUCCACAGAUAAAACAGUCCUCAAACCAUUGUUGUCUAGGCCCUAAUCACCAUAGGAGUCUAGGGCCCUGAGAUGGGCCGUUAAGCUUCAUUGUUCUGUAAAUCAAGGUUUCUGACCCAACUCCAGCAGUCUCCUGUGAAUUGAUGUGUGCCCCGUUGACUUGAGUGGUUUGCUAUUAUUCUGUAAAUCAAGACAUAAACCCAGGUUGGCCUAAACCGGUUUUGAGAUUACCAUUUGUGUGGUGGCUUUGAAAUGGACAAUCAAAACUUGUUUAGGCCAACAUAAUGUCUUGAUUUACAGAAUAGUAGCAAAGCCUAUCUCUUACCUCAGUUGCUAUUUCUGCAGGUCCUAGACAGGUCCGGCAAUGUCUUACUACGGUUACAGUUCUUCGUGGUGGUUUACAGAACUCGUCAUCAGAAAAAUGCUUGCUGCAUACCCGUAGAUUCAACGUACGAAGUCUGUGGAUGGGAGUGUUUAUGCAUCUAUACAGAACAACUAGCCAAAGCCUCAUCCAAAGGAAGUACGUGAAAAGUUAGACUGUUGUUUUUUUUUGUGUUGUUGCAUUUUGGGAUUGCACAUCUGCGAACCGUUUUCAGCAAUAUUCAGCAAACAUAACAACUACAACUACAGUGAGGGAAAAAAGUAUUUGAUCCCCUGCUGAUUUUGUAUGUUUGCCCACUGACAAAGAAAUGAUCAGUCUAUAAUUUUAAUAGUAGGUUUACUUGAACAGUGAGAGACAGAAUAACAACAACAAAAAUCCAGAAAAACGCAUGUCAAAAAUGUUAUAAAUUGAUUGAGUAUUUGACCCCUCUGCAAAACAUGACUUAGUACUUGGUGGCAAAACCCUUGUUGGCAAUCACAGAGGUCAGAUGUUUCUUGUAUUUGGCCACCAGGUUUGCAAACAUCUCAGGAGGAAUUUUGUCCCACUCCUCUUUGCAGAUCUUUUCCAAGUCAUUAAGUUUUCGAGGCUGACGUUUGGCAACUCGAACCUUCAGCUCCCUCCACAGAUUUUCUAUGGGAUUAAGGUCUGGAGACUGGCUAGGCCACUCCAGGACCUUAAUGUGCUUCUUCUUGAGCCACUCCUUUGUUGCCUUGGCCGUGUGUUUUGGGUCAUUGUCAUGCUGUAAUACCCAUCCACAACCCAUUUUCAAUGCCCUGGCUGAGGGAAGGAGGUUCUCACCCAAGAUUUGACGGUACAUGGCCCCUUCCAUCGUCCCUUUGAUGCGGUGAAGUUGUCCUGUCCCCUUAGCAGAAAAACACCCCCAAAGCAUAAUGUUUCCACCUCCAUGUUUGAUGGUGGGGAUGGUGUUCUUGGGGUCGUAGGCAGCAUUCCUCCUCCUCCAAACAUGGCGAGUUGAGUUGAUGCCAUAGAGCUCAAUUUUGGUCUCAUCUGACCACAACACUUUCACCCAGUUCUCCUCUGAAUCAUUCAGAUGUUCAUUGGCAAACUUCAGACGGGCAUGUACGCUGCUCAGAAAAAUAAAGGGAACACUUAAACAACACAAUGUAACUCCAAGUCAAUCACACUUCUGUGAAAUCAAACUGUCCACUUAGAAAGCAACACUGAUUGACAAUACAUUUCACAUGCUGUUGUGCAAAUGGAAUAGACAACAGGUGGAAAUUAUAGGCAAUUAGCAAGACACCCCCAAUAAAGGACUGGUUUUGCAGGUGGUGACCACAGACCACUUCUCAGUUCCUAUGCUUCCUGGCUGAUGUUUUGGUCACUUUUGAAUGCUGGCGGUGCUUUCACUCUAGUGGUAGCAUGAGACGGAGUCUACAACCCACACAAGUGGCUCAGGUAGUGCAGCUCAUCCAGGAUGGCACAUCAAUGCGAGCUGUGGCAAGAAGGUUUGCUGUGUCUGUCAGCGUAGUGUCCAGAGCAUGGAGGUGCUACCAGGAGACAGGCCAGUACAUCAGGAGACGUGGAGGAGGCCGUAGGAGGGCAACAAUCCAGCAGCAGGACUGCUACCUCCGCCUUUGUGCAAGGAGGAGCAGGAGGAGCACUGCCAGAGCCCUGCAAAAUGACCUCCAGCAGGCCACAAAUGUACAUGUGUCUGCUCAAACGGUCAGAAACAGACUCCAUGAGGGUGGUAUGAGGGCCCGACGUCCACAGGUGGGGGUUGUGCUUACAGCCCAACACCGUGCAGGACGUUUGGCAUUUGCCAGAGAACACCAAGAUUGGCAAAUUCGCCACUGGCGCCCUGUGCUCUUCACAGAUGAAAGCAGGUUCACACUGAGCACGUGACAGACGUGACAGAGUCUGGAGACGCCGUGGAGAACGUUCUGCUGCCUGCAACAUCCUCCAGCAUGACUGGUUUGGCGUGGGUCAGUCAUGGUGUGGGUUGGCAUUUCUUUGGGGGGCCGCACAGCCCUCCAUGUGCUCGCCAGAGGUAGCCUGACUGCCAUUAGGUACCGAGAUGAGAUCCUCAGACCCCUUGUGAGAUCAUAUGCUGGUGCGGUUGGCCCUGGGUUCCUCCUAAUGCAAGACAAUGCUAGACCUCAUGUGGCUGGAGUGUGUCAGCAGUUCCUGCAAGAGGAAGGCAUUGAUACUAUAGACUGGCCCGCCCGUUCCCCAGACCUGAAUCCAAUUGAGCACAUCUGGGACAUCAUGUCUCGCUCCAUCCACCAACGCCACGUUGCACCACAGACUGUCCAGGAGUUGGCGGAUGCUUUAGUCCAGGUCUGGGAGGAGAUCCCUCAGGAGACCAUCCGCCACCUCACCCCCAGGCGUUGUAAGGAGGUCAUACAGGCACGUGGAGGCCACACACACUACUGAGCCUCAUUUUGACUUGUUUUAAGGACAUUACAUCAAAGUUGGAUCAGCCUGUAGUGUGGUUUUCCACUUUAAUUUUGAGGGUGACUCCAAAUCCAGACCUCCAUUGGUUGAUCAAUUUAAUUUCCAUUGAUAAUUUUUGUGUGAUUUUGUUGUCAGCACAUUCAACUAUGUAAAGAAAAAAGUAUUUAAUAAGAUUAUUUCAUUCAUUCAGAUCUAGGAUGUGUUAUUUUAGUGUUCCCUUUAUUUUUUUGAGCAGUGUAUAUGUGCUUUCUUGAGCAGGGGGACCUUGCGGGCGCUGCAGGAUUUCAGUCCUUCACGCGUAGUGUGUUACCAAAUGUUUUCUUGGUGACUAUGGUCCCAGCUGCCUUGAGAUCAUUGACAAGAUCCUCCCGUGUAGUUCUGGGCUAAUUCCUCACCAUUCUCAUGAUCAUUGCAACUCCACGAGGUGAGAUCUUGCAUGGAGCCCCAGGCCGAGGGAGAUUGACAGUUAUUUUGUGUUUCUUCCAUUUGCGAAUAAUCGCACCAACUGUUGUCACCUUCUCACCAAGCUGCUUGGCGAUGGUCUUGUAGCCCAUUCUAGCCUUGUGUAGGUCUACAAUCUUGUCCCUGACAUCCUUGGAGAGCUCUUUGGUCUUGGCCAUGGUGGAGAGUUUGGAAUCUGAUUGAUUGAUUGCUUCUGUGGACAGGUGUCUUUUAUACAGGUAACAAGCUGAGAUUAGGAGCACUCCCUUUAAGAGUGUGCUCCUAAUCUCAGCUCGUUACCUGUAUAAAAGACACCUGGGAGCCAGAAAUCUUUCUGAUUGAGAGGGGGUCAAAUACUUAUUUCCCUCAUUAAAAUGCACAUCAAUUUAUAACAUUUAUGACAUGCGUUUUUCUGGAUUUUUUUGUUGUUAUUCUGUCUCUCACUGUUCAAAUAAACCUACCAUUAAAAUUAUAGACUGAUCAUUUCUUUGUCAGUGGGCAAACGUACAAAAUCAGCACUGUUGUGAGUGACUGACAACGUAACGAAAUCUAGCUAUACCUUACCUAUGCCGGUAUCACGUCCCCCCUAAUUUAGCCUACAUGCACACAGUAGGAUUUGGGAAAGAGGAAGUACUCCCAUGCACACAGUAGGAUUUGGGAAAGAGGAAGUACUCCCAUGCACACAGUAGGAUUUGGGAAAGAGGAAGUACUCCCAUGCACACAGUAGGAUUUGGGAAAGAGGAAGUACUCCCAUGCACACAGUAGGAUUUGGGAAAGAGGAAGUACUCCCAUGCACGCAGUAGGAUUUGGGAAAGAGGAAGUACUCCCAUGCACACAGUAGGAUUUGGGAAAGAGGAAGUACUCCCAUGCACGCAGUAGGAUUUGGGAAAGAGGAAGUACUCCCAUGCACGCAGUAGGAUUUGGGAAAGAGGAAGUACUCCCAUGCACGCAGUAGGAUUUGGGAAAGAGGAAGUACUCCCAUGCACGCCAAUAUGCACGUGCAUAAAAAUGAUUGUUUGAGUUGAACAAAAUGGAAUACAGCGUUGUGGCUACAGGUCAGAACGACCCAACGUCCUGUGGACAACAUCUACAGACCUGCAGCACAAUACUGGGAGCUUUGGGGGGUUCUGGAGCCUUUGUUCCUGGUUUUUCGGAGGAUGAGGAAGUGAUUUGCUGGUUGGGGUACAUUUCUCAAAAACGUGAAAUCACAAAAAAAUAAGUGUCUGGACCCUUCUAUAACAUUCCAUUUAAAUACAUUUUUUAGAUUUGGUUGUAAAAAAGGAAACUUCUCCUUUUAAAGGCAGUGUUAUUAAGAAUGAUGGAGGUGAAAAGUGGUUGUUAACGAAAUAUCUACGUCUCUCUCUCUCUCACCCCCCUACUACGCUUUUCCCCUCCCAGGAUGUGAAGUUGAAGAACAUGCGUUCUUGGGCCAGCUUGGGCCAGCGAUCUCAGUCCACCCCCGCCUCCGCUGUUCGCUCGUCUAGCGACAGCUUCGAACUGUUCCGCCGCGCCGCCCGAGAGAAGGAGAGAGAGAAACAGCUAAAAGCACAGGCCGAGCAGGAGAAACUACGGUAAGAAGGGAAGAGAGCGAUGGAGGGAGAGAUGGAGAAGUAAGCUCAUUCUAGCACCCCAGCUAAGCUCCUCCCCCUCUGACACGCCACUUCCUCUUCUCCAGUAGCCGUGACGACGAGGACUCUGUGGAGCAGCAGGGGAGGGGGCGUGUCCAGGAGGACUCUCGCCGUCGCCAGGAGCAACAGUCGCCUCAAGCCCCCACUCCCCCCGCCUCGACCCCACCGGCCGACUCCCCGCAGGCCCCUCCCACUCAACAGGCCACACCCCCGCCCUCGGCCGCAGCACAGAACGCCCUGGACCAACAGAGGGAGCUGGCAAGACGCCGCGAGCAGGAGAGGAGGAGGAGAGAGGCGGUAAUACUUUAUAGCAGUUAUACUACUAUAAUACUAACAUCAUAUACUAGUAUAGCAGGAGAGGAGGAAGAGAGAGGUGGUAAUACUUUAUAGCAGUUAUAAUACUAUAAUACUAACAUCAUAUACUAGUAUAGCAGGAGAGGUUGUAAUACUUUAUAGCAGUUAUACUACUAUAAUACUAACAUGAUAUACUAGUAUAGCAGGAGAGGUGGUAAUACUUUAUAGCAGUUAUACUACUAUAAUACUAACAUGAUAUACUAGUAUAGCAGGAGAGGAGGAAGAGAGAGGUGGUAAUACUUUAUAGCAGUUAUAAUACUAUAAUACUAACAUCAUAUACUAGUAUAGCAGGAGAGGUUGUAAUACUUUAUAGCAGUUAUACUACUAUAAUACUAACAUGAUAUACUAGUAUAGCAGGAGAGAGGCAGUAAUACUUUAUAGCAUAACAGUGGGUACUUGGAGUGAUCAUGGCUCCUAUAUUUGGCCAUAUGGAGACUCAUCUAGACCUGCAGACAAAUGUUCUAUUAUAGUACAUGUUUACUCCUGAAGAAAAUAUUCCAAUGAAGUCCUGUAUAGAGGUUGAAGGAUGGUAAACUUUAUAGCAGUUAUUACUAUAAUAUAAUGAUAUACUAGUAUAGCAGGAGAGAGCAGUAAUACUUUAUAGCAGUUAUAUUACUAUAAUAUUAAUAUGAUAUACUAGUAUAGCAGGAGAGGCAGUAAUACUUUAUAGCAGUUAUAUUACUAUAAUAUUAAUAUGAUAUACUAGUAUAGCAGGAGAGGGCAGUAAUACUUUAUAGCAGUUAUAUUACUAUAAUAUUAAUCAUAUGAAAUUAACUAGCUAUAGCAGGAGUAGAGUGCAUUAGUGAAGGUACUUUAUAGCAGUUAUAUUACUAUAAACUAAAUGAAUACUAGUAUAGCAGGAGAGAGGCAGUAAUACUUUAUAGCAGUUAUAUUACUAUAAUAUUAAUAUGAUAUACUAGUAUAGCAGGAGAGAGGCAGUAAUACUUUAUAGCAGUUAUAUUACUAUAAUAUUAAUAUGAUAUACUAGAUAGCAGGAGAGAGGCGGUAAUACUUUAUAGCAGUAUAUUACUAUAAUAUUAAUAUGAUAUACUAGUAUAGCAGGAAGCAGGGAGAGGUGGAAUACUUUAUAGCAGUUAUAUACUAUAAUAUUAAUAAUAUACUAGUAUAGCAGGAGAGAGGUGGUAAUACUUUAUAGCAGUUAUACUUACUAUAAUCUUAAUAUAUACUAGUAGCAGGAGAGGUGAGCUGUAAUACUUUAUAGCAGUUAUAUCUACUAAAUUAUAUGAUAUACUAGUAUAGCAGGAGAGAGGUGGUAAUACUUUAUAGCAGUUAUAUUACUAUAAUAUUAAUAUGAUAUACUAGUAUAGCAGGAGAGAGGUGGUAAUACUUUAUAGCAGUUAUAUACUAUAAUACUAACAUGAUAUACUAGUAUAGCAGGAGAGAGGAGGAAGAGGUGGUAAUACUUUAUAGCAGUUAUACUACUAUAAUACUAACAUGAUAUACUAGUAUAGCAGGAGAGAGGCAGUAAUACUUUAUAGCAGUUAUAUUACUAUAAUAUUAAUAUGAUAUACUAGUAUAGCAGGAGAGCAGGAGGAGAGAGGUGGUAAUACUUUAUAGCAGUUAUAAUACUAUAAUACUUUAAUAAUAUACUAGUAUAGCAGGAGAGAGGUGGUAAUACUUUAUAGCAGUUAUACUACUAUAAUACUUCAAUAAUAUACUAGUAUAGCAGGAGAGGUGGUAAUACUUUAUAGCAGUUAUAUUACUAUAAUAUUAAUAUGAUAUACUAGUAUAGCAGGAGAGAGGUGGUAAUACUUUAUAGCAGUUAUAUUACUAUAAUAUUAAUAUGAUAUACUAGUAUAGCAGGAGAGAGGUGGUAAUACUUUAUAGCAGUUAUACUACUAUAAUACUAACAUGAUAUACUAGUAUAGCAGGAGAGCAGGAGGAGAGAGGUGGUAAUACUUUAUAGCAGUUAUACUACUAUAAUACUAACAUAAUAUACUAGUAUAGCAGGAGAGGUGGUAAUACUUUAUAGCAGUUAUACUACUAUAAUACAUGAUAUACUAGUAUAGCAGGAGAGAGGCAGUAAUACUUUAUAGCAGUUAUACUACUAUAAUAUUAAUAUGAUAUACUAGUAUAGCAGGAGAGCAGGAGGAGAAGGUGGGAAUCAUCAUAAAGAUACUUAUUAAUAUAUGUACACUACCGGUCAAAGGUUUUAGAACACCUACUCAUUCAAGGGUUUUAGAACACCUACUCAUUCAAGGGUUUUAGAACACCUACUCAUUCAAGGGUUUUAGAACACCUACUCAUUCAAGGGUUUUAGAACACCUACUCAUUCAAGGGUUUUAGAACACCUACUCAUUCAAGGGUUUUAGAACACCUACUCAUUCAAGGGUUUUCCUGUAUUUUUUACUGUCAUCAAGGCAAAGGGUGGCUAUCUGAAGAUCAAAAAAAUAUGAAAUUUUUUUGGUUACUACAUGAUUCCAUAUGUGUUAUAUCAUAGUUUUGAUGUCCUCACUAUUAUUCUACAAUGUAGAAAACAGUAAAAAUAAAGAAAAACCCUUGAAUGAGCAGGUGUUCUAAAACCUUUGACUAGUAGUGUGCAUACUUCAGUUAUAUUACAAUAAUACAGAGAAGGAAGUUUAGCUGAGAAAAAUGGGAAAGAUUUACACUGGAUCUAAUUCCCCCCCCAGAUGGCGGACACCAUUGACAUCAACUUCCAGAGCGACCUGAUGGCCAUCUUUGAAGAGAAUCUGUUCUGAGAAAGAAUGCGAUAGGAGGAGAGGGAGAGAAAGAGAUAGGAACUCUACCUCCCACCAUGUGUCUGGGAUUCCUGCCCUCCCUCUCUCUGAUUGGAGAAACCAGACCAGGAUGUGAGCCUCCCUCUCUCUGAUUAGAGAAACCAGACCAGGAUGUGAGCCUCCCUCUCUCUGAUUGGAGAAACCAGACCAGGAUGUGAGCUCCAGAGACUUGAAGGAGACUGAGGUGAGGUGCAGUAAUAAGGUGGAACCCCCCCCCCCCUAGCGGUGGGGACCGGGGAGUACAACUUCCACUUUUUGCAAUUUCAGAUGCG